AUGGCCCAGGUUGCAACUGUCAGCUUUGGCGCCGAACUCAAAGACGGUUACAAGGCUGUCGACAACUGGGUCAGUCUCGGCAUCAACUGGCUCACUGAAAUUCAAGAGUUCUACCAAGAGCGCUCUGCGAUCGAGAAAGACUACAGUCAAAAGUUGACUGCGUUGGCGAAAAAGUACUACGACAAGAAAUCAAAAAGGUCCAGCAAUCUGAGUGUUGGAGACAACCCUGCCCUGACGCCAGGUUCCUUGGAAGCGGCGUCUCUCACAACAUGGACGACGCAGUUAUCGACGUUGGAAGCCAGGGCCAACGAGCAUGGCAAGUUUGCGCAAGACCUGAUAAGUCAGGUUGCGACACCGCUGGAAUAUAACGCCAGAAAACUCGAAGAGCUGAGGAAAAGCCAUGCGGAAUAUAACAAUAAGUUGGUCAAAGAACGAGAUUCAUCUUAUGGCGAAUUGAAAAGGCUGAAAACAAAAUACGACAGCGUAUGUCAAGAGGUGGAAAAUCGAAGAAGAAAAGCAGAAUCUGGGCUCGACAAAGCUAAGGCUCAGAAUGCAUACAACCAGCAAGUGAUGGAGAUGAACAACGUCAAGAACACUUACUUGAUAGGUAUCAAUGUGACGAAUAAACUGAAGGAAUGUUACUAUCACGAAUAUGUACCGGAACUUCUUGAUUCUCUACAGGAUUUGAACGAAACAAGGGUAUCGAAGCUGAACUCACUGUGGCUGGUGGCGACAGAUCUUGAGACGAAUACCCUCAAGCGAAGCAUCGACCAUCUGUCGCAUCUGGCAUCCGAAAUACCGAGAAACAACCCCAGUUUAGACAGCAACAUGUUUGUGCGACACAAUGCUGUUCAAUGGCAGGAGCCCUCUGACAUGGUGUUUGAGCCAUCUCCGGUCUGGCUAGAUCCAGACAACAUGAUGACGGACGAAACGUCCAAGAUCUUCUUGCGCAACAUCUUGCAAAAGAGCAAGCCACUUGUCAAUCAACUUAAGACCGAAUCUGCACAGAAACAUCGCGACCUCGAGAACGUCAAAAAGGCUCGACAGAACAUCCGAGAAGGUAAAGACAAGCGCGAUGAAGUCCUGUGUGUGGUCUCACAGUUCGCCGUGCAAGAAGAGUUGCAUGCAAUUGAUCGAAAACGAUUGACUGCCGAGGUGGAAACGUCGACCAUAACCUCCGUGGUGGGUGAUCUCAGUAUGUAUGGCAAGAGCCAUGCCUUCAAAUCUGAAACGUUCAAAAUCCCUACAAACUGUGAUCUUUGCGGAGAUCGCAUAUGGGGUCUCAGCGCCAAAGGCUUCAUUUGCACGGACUGUGGCUUUACCUGUCACAGCAAAUGCCAGAUGAAAGUACCAGCCGAUUGCCCUGGUGAGCAAACGAAGGAAGAGAAGAAGAAAUUGAAGGUAGAGCGACAAGCCGCUGCAUCUGUGGCUGUCGAGGCUCCUGCUACCAAUGGUCAAAACUCUGGAGCGCCUUUAACAAGGCAGGAUACAAUGAGCAGUCUCUCGUCCGGCUACGCGGCUAGCGCUACACGCUCUGUUUCUGGGACCAUUCCAAGAUCGACGGGUGAAGAUGUCAGCUCUCCCUUGACCACAAUAACCUCGGCCUCUGGCUCAACCUCUGGACCUCGACGGAACAGAAUAGUUGCUCCUCCGCCCACGACUUAUGUAAGCGCACCUGCGGAUUCCGCCAUGAACGGGAGUGGCCAGAAAAGGGGUAAAAUGUUAUAUGCGUACGAAGCACGGGAUGACGGCGAGAUCUCGCUGCCCGAAGGUGCGGAAUUCAAGAUUGUAGAACCCGAUGAUGGUGGCUGGACAAAGGUCCACGCCGGUAUGGGCAAAGAAGGUCUAGUGCCGACCGCUUAUCUUGAAGAGUUACCCACACCUGCAAGUACGCCGGCACAAGAACGACCCCCGUCACUGUAUUCGAACUCUAGUGCAUCACUGGCGUCUUCCAACAUGGCAGCUGGCAAGAAGAAGCAAGGGCCAGCGGUAGCACCCAAACGUGGAGCCAAGAAGGUCAAAUACGUAGAGGCGUUGUAUCCUUACACCGCACAAAGUGAUGCCGAGUUCGACAUGGCUGAAGGUGAAAAAUUCAUUUUGAUCAGCAUGGGCAGCGGCGAUGGGUGGGCGGAUGUUGAAAAGAACGGCGAGACGCGAAGUGUUCCUGCGAAUUACAUACAGGAGGUUUAG